AUGGUCACAAAGUCAUUGGAUAUGAAGCUCGAAAAGCAUCCCGAUUCCGUCAGGAGUCUUAUUCAGGCCGCGUCUACCCAAGUUCACAUUUCCUUCGAUGGCUGGACAGCCAAUAAUAAGAUCCCUACCCUCGGAUUAGCCGCUUUCUUCUUGAAUCGUUCGUUUAAUGUAAGACAACUCUUAGGAAACGAAUUCAUUGGGUAUCUGUGUUUGCAAUCGAAAUAA